GGUCUCGGUGCUGAAGCACGGCAGAGUCGGGGGGAGGACACAUCUCACAGCCCGGGCUUCACGCGGACCCCCAUUCCUCCACGACACGUUCAUGCAAAACACGGUUCAGGGAUGUUGAGGAGUGUAUUCAGGUGCCUUGGAACCAAUCCUGUUGUUGGCCGAAGAAGUAUGUCUCAAAGUAGCCUCGCCGGAAAGGUAGCCAUAGUCACCGCCUCCACGGAUGGAAUUGGUCUGGCUGCAGCUCAGGCUCUGGGAAAGAGAGGAGCCCACGUGGUGGUGAGCAGCCGGCGGCAGGCCAACGUGGACAAGGCCGUGGCGCUGCUGCAGAGCCACAGCAUCCAGGUGACUGGCACCACCUGUAACGUGGGCAAGGCGGAAGACCGAGAAAAACUGCUCCAAACGACCCUGGAUCAGUGCGGCGGCGUUGACAUUCUGGUAUCCAACGCGGCGGUCAACCCUUUCUUCGGAAACAUCAUGGAGUCCACACAGGACGUGUGGGACAAGAUCCUGUCUGUCAACGUGACGUCGGCCUUCCUCAUGACCAAGUUGGUGGUGCCUCACAUGGUGAAGAGGGGAGGUGGCAACGUGGUGUUUGUGUCGUCUGUGGCUGGAUACCAACCCAUGCAGGCUUUGAGUCCUUACAGCGUGAGUAAGACUGCUCUGCUGGGGCUGACCCGCGCUCUGGCCCCCGAGCUGGCCCAAGAUAACAUCCGAGUGAACUGCGUGGCCCCGGGGGUCAUCAAGACCCGCUUCAGCUCCGCGUUAUGGGGAAACGAAGACAUCGUGGACGAGUUUAAAAAGCAGCUCAGCAUCAAAAGAAUCGGAGAGCCAGAGGAGGUGGGGGGAGUGAUCGCCUUCUUGUGCUCCGAGGAGGCUUCCUACAUCACCGGAGAGACCGUCACCGUGACCGGAGGGAUCGGCUGCCGACUCUGAUUCUCCAUGGGGGGCGCAACUGAACUAUUUGACUGAAUGCACCCUAAUAGGAAACAACAAAUUCAUUUAAAAAGUCCAUGUGAUGAGGUGUAAUUAAAUUUCUAAAUGAAUGUGAAGGUUUUCAAAUCAA